CCGUCCUAUAAAAAGGGACGAGAGACGCAGCAUUUUGCUCUCAUCUUUGUGCAUUCAUUUCGAGCAUUGCAACAGAGAAGGCUGGGCAGGAAGGAGUCACAAGAGACGACCACCAUGUUGGAAGGGAAGGCGAUGGUGGAGGACACCGACAUGCCGGUGAAGAUGCAGCUGCAGGCGAUGUCGGCGGCGUACAAGGCCCUCGACCGCUUCGACGUCCUCGACUGCCGGAGCAUCGCCGCUCACAUCAAGAAGGAGUUUGACAUGAUCCACGGGCCGGGAUGGCAGUGCGUGGUGGGCGCCAGCUUCGGCUGCUACUUCACGCACAGCAAGGGAAGCUUCAUCUACUUCAAGCUGGGGGCGCUCAGGUUCCUCGUCUUCAAAGGCGCAGCAUCGUAGCAGAUGAGCUGAAAGCGACAUCCACGAGUCGAGAAGCUAACAUGCAUCUGAUUCGGAAUAAUCAAUCAGAAUAACCAGCGGGCGCUACAAGUUUACUCUCCCGGUUUUUGAUGACGACGACGAGGCGGCGUCGGCUGGCACGAUACAUGGAGCGUGAAUUGUACUCGCACGAUAGCACAGUAGAAAAUUGGAAGUAGGGUGUGCAAAAGAUUGGAAUUGCUGGUCAAACAUGCGAUUCCACUUGGUGUUGUGUAAUGUUUUUCUAGAAUGACUUGGUUUCCCUUGUAGUACAUAAUUGGAUCGAGAGCAACAGGGCUCGAGUUUAUUCAGAAUCGGUAUACGAAUUGCUGGAGUUGCUGGAAUCAAA